AUGAUUAAAGAGAUAUGCGCAGCGCUUCUAUCUGCCGACGUAAACGUCCGGUUAGUUCAGCAGCUGCGCAAAUCUAUAAAAGCUGCCGUUCAGCUACCCUCCAUACCCCCAGCGGUCAACAAGAAACGUCUAAUUCAGAAGGCCGUUUUUGAUCAACUGGUUGCACUUGUCGAUCCACAUGCUGAGCCUUUCAAGCCGAAAAAGGGCAAAUCAAAUGUCAUUAUGAUGGUUGGUCUGCAAGGUGCUGGAAAGACGACCACAUGUACAAAGCUAGCGAGGCACUACCAGACUAAGGGGUUCAAGGCAGCCCUUGUUUGUGCGGAUACAUUCCGAGCUGGUGCUUUUGAUCAGCUCAAGCAAAAUGCUACGAAGGCGAAGAUUCCAUAUUACGGUAGCUUGACACAGACAGACCCUGUUGUGGUUUCAUCAGAGGGUGUGGCGAAGUUCAAGAAAGAGCGGUUUGAUAUCAUCAUAGUUGAUACCAGUGGAAGACAUCGGCAAGAGGAAGACCUGUUUGCAGAAAUGACCCAGAUUCAGUCUGCUAUAAAACCAGACCAGACCAUCAUGGUACUAGAUAGUACAAUUGGUCAGGCCGCAGAGACGCAAUCAGCAGCCUUCAAGUCAGCAGCAGACUUUGGAGCAAUCAUCAUUACAAAGACAGACGGGCACGCUGCAGGCGGUGGUGCCAUUUCCGCUGUCGCUGCAACCCGGACGCCUAUUAUAUUCUUGGGAACCGGUGAACAUAUGCUCGACCUGGAAAGAUUUGCACCACGGCCAUUUGUCCAAAAGCUGCUUGGAAUGGGCGAUAUGGCAAGUUUGGUAGAGCAUGUUCAAGCGGUAACGAAGGACUCGGCUGGCGCAAAGGAGACAUAUAAGCACAUCUCAGAGGGAAUCUUCACUCUACGGGAUUUCCGAGAGAACAUCACAUCAAUUAUGAAAAUGGGGCCCCUGUCAAAGAUUUCCAGUAUGAUACCUGGUCUAUCAAACAUAACAUCUGGUCUUGACGACGAAGACGGCUCGCUUAAGCUCAGGCGCAUGAUCUAUAUCUUCGAUAGUAUGACUGCCUCAGAGCUAGACGGAGACGGCAAGGUCUUCGUCGACCAACCUACCCGGGUCGUCCGCCUUGCCUGUGGAAGCGGAACGACAGUCAGAGAAGUUGAAGACCUUCUUUCUCAACAUAAGAUGAUGGCUGGCAUGGCCAAGAAAGUGGGAGGACAGAAGAAGCAGAUGCAGCGUGCUCAGAAUAUGCUGAAGGGCGGCAACAAGGAGCAGCAGAUGGCAGCUAUGCAAAAGAGGAUGGCUGCCAUGGGCGGCGCUGGCAUGCCUAAUAUGCCCGGAAUGGGAGACAUGCAGCAAAUGAUGCAAAUGCUUCAAGGAGGCGGUGCAGGCGGUGGAGGAAUGCCUGGUCUAGGGGGUAUGGAUUUACAGAGCAUGAUGAGCCAGAUGAGUGGCCUUAUGGGAGGUAUGGGUGGAAUGGGCGGUGGCCGCGGAGGCAGCAGCAGACGAGGCCGAUGA